AUGUACACCCGGCGAUCUCUUUGUCUGCUUUCUCUAAGUUUGGUGUUUCUUUCUGUUUCUAUUGAGAGAUGGAUUGCUGCUGCUUCAGAUACAAAAGAAGAGGGAGAAAUACCGAUUGAUGCAGCGGAGGAUGAUGCUGUAGAUGUAGCUGACUUUGACUAUGAAAGUGAAUUGAAUACUAAACCACCAACAGAACAAGUACAAGAGGGGAAACAACAGAAAAAAGAAAUAUACGGAGAAGAUGAUCUAGAAGGAGAUGCUGAGCAGCUGCUUGUUGAUGCAGAUGAACUCGAAGCAACAACUACAGCAAAAGAAGAAGAAAACAACAAACAGCCAGCAACAGAAGAAAAAGAAGAGGAUUUAGAAAUUUUACAAGAUGAAGAAGAACUAAAAGAUAAAGAAGAAAACAUGAAAUUUAUGGUGGAGCCGAAACUAACAACAGAAGAAAACAAAGAAAACAAAGAAAACAAAGAAAACAACACAAACAACAACAAUAAUAGCGAUAAAGAUACAAAUAAAGAAAAAACAAAAACACCAACAAUGUAUAAUGGGCAAGAAGUAUAUACAACAGAUGAAGAUGGAGUUAUAUUAGAUCUUUCUUCUUUAAAUAAACAAGAAGAGCAUACAUCUCCCAAUAUAAAUGAAUUUAUAGAUAAAAUACCAACAUUUAGUAAAGAGAAAGAAGAGAAGAAAAAAAGAAAAGCAGAAGCAAAAAAACACAAAGAAAUGAAUAAUGCUGUGAAUAUAUACGAAAAAGAAAUCAAAGACUUUCAACUAACACAAGAAAAAAAUAAACAAAGAUACAAAGAUUUCAUAGAAAAUGCAGAAUAUAAUUUACAACCACCAAUAAACCCAGGAAUAUGGAAAAGGCUGCAGCAUUGGUAUAACACAAAAAUGGAUAAACUCGUAGAAAAAUACGGAUCAGAUAUCAACGAUUAA